ACAAAUACAAAGAAAAAUUUUUAAAAAUAAUUGUGCAAAAUUGCAUUUUUAAAUGUGGCGCACAGGCCAAAGUGCAAAAGUGUAAUUGCCGUUCAAUAGAACACUAAACCUAAUUACUUUAAUGCGCGCUUAGAGAAAAAACCGAGAAAAAAGUACACUACAUAAAUAUGUAAAGUGCGAAGCGGCAAACGUAAAAAGCAUAAAAUCUCCAGUGCGAAAAAAACUUAUGCUAGACCGCUAAGAAUGCCACGCAAUAAAUUACAGCGCAAACCGUCCAGCGAGACACUCGCCAGCCUUACGUUGGAUAGCACGCUGGACUCGCGUAUGUCCAGCGCUGAAAUACCACAAAUGGAGCUGCUCAAGCUGCAUUAUGUGCAGCAGUGCAAGGAAGUACGUAUGCCGCGUCCAACUGCAGCAGCAGCAGCAGCAGCAGCCCUACAAAACCCACACGCACUCAACCCAGCUGGUGGCAGCAAAUUCACUGCAUACAAAAGCGCACCGAGCGGUAGUAGAAGCGAAUUAGGUGGCACCAAGUUGAACGCAGCCAGUACAAGUAAAGCGCACAUCGACGCAGUGCAGCGCAUCGCAACGCCACUUAAGAGCAGCGCAACGCAACGCGCACAGCAACCACUGCCACCGCCCACAAUUGAAUCGUGGAAAUUUUUACAACAUCAACUGCCACAAGUAAAAUCACAACAACAGCACCAACAUCAAACCAGCAACACCGCGGCAGCUGUCUCUAAAUUGCGGCACGCACAGUCUACUACAGCCAUCAACACCGCACACUCUGACGAAGAGCAGAGCGACUAUGUUGAGGUGCAUUCGUGUUGCAAUUCCUCCUGCGCAUCUGCUACACAAUCUUCAGCCUCGUCGGAGGAUGACGCGGAUGAUGGCGCUUCCACUGCUUAUCCGGAUUGUGAAAAAUCGAAUAGUUGGAAUUAUCGUGCGCGCAUCUCAACGUGUGAUAUUCGACGCGAUAUUGUGCGAGCGGGCGUUAAGUCGCGUGCAGACCGUAUAGCGCGCAUAGAGCAAACCGAUUGCGAUCAUAAACAGCAAAGCGCCGUGUUAGCUUGUGAUAAACGUUUAUCUGUACUUUCUAUACAACAACAGCGAAACUGCGUAGAUAAGCCCCAGCCCUCUGCUGUAACGCAAAUAAAUCGUCUUUUUGAGCAAGCCAAACGACCGGAGCAUAGACGCUCAACUAAACAACAUCGCGCGCCAGCGCCACCACAAUCGAGCAUUACCCAAACAACACAAGCAUCAGUCACAACGCGUACUACGCAACCAUUACGCGUGGCGCCUACACCAAAAAAGGAGCCUAACAUGCGCAUGCGCGCACGCGACCCGCUACCCAGCAUUGAUGAGCGUAUGAAGCGAUUCAGCAACUCCAGUGCACCUGGCGAUUGUUAUGACUGUGUGCUGGAAAGCCAAAGUGAAGCAUGCGACAAUGCGCAGACGCGCCAUACAGCCGAAGCGAUACGUCCACCACGCACGUCGCCUGAACAACGUCAACAAGUGUCGCGUAUACCAAAGCCCAUAAGCGAGCCACUGCCACAGCAACCGCUAAUGCAACAGCAACAGUCGCAACGGCACUCCACCGGCACAGCGCAAAUGUACAAUGAAGCGAAUGAGCAACUCCAGCGGCGCAUAAGGCAAAUGUUCGAUCAUGAGCAAGAGCGCAAACAACAGCUGCAGCGCCAGGUGACCGCGGAGUUUCGCAUGCAAUGCGCGGGUGAGAAAAUAAAAUUACGCGCAACAAAAUCUGCGGCUUUCGAAACGGCUGCGAUAACAGCUAAAGCUGAAGAGAAGACAGAAGACAGCUGUGAUGAGCUGGAUAAACAUGCAUCUAAGCCGACACGUCCGCAUGCGCUGACAAAUUUUCAGAAGCUCAAAAUGGAGCGUGUACAUAUACGCAAAAAGCGGCAGCCGCUGCUGAUAAUUAAUCAGCUGAAUGAGGCAAAGCCGGUAAAUAACGAGAAAGCGCACGAGGAAAGGGUACCGGAAGCAAAGGAAAUUAAUCAAAAGCAAUCAAAAGAGGCAUUGCUUGACGCCAACCGUCGUACAUGCGGUUACAAGAACUGCAACUACACCAACUGCCCCAUGUCCGCGUCGAGUAACGCCGCCAGCAGCAGCAGCAGCGUGAGCACACCGCAGCAUUCCGACGAAGAACUGAACGCAAGUAAGCGUCGCUCGCUCGAGAGCUGUUGCUCGGACUCAGGCGUGUCGUCCUCGACCGAUCUGAAAGAGCGCAGUACUAAGGAAAACAAUAUAAGGAAUCUUGAGAAGUGCGCUGACUGUGUGAAAAUCAUGCUGCACCAAACGAACGCCAACGCAACCGCUAUGCAGCACAAACUUAAAUUAACCGGCGCCACAACUGCACUGCCAAAGCUCAAGGAGUUCGACGGAGGAGCGCCGGAGAAGGAGGGGCGUCAAAUUAAGAUUCAUGUUGGGAAAGCGCUUGGCGGCGGCGGUGAUCCGAACGAUGUACAAAAUUUCGCGAAGAAGAAUCUCACCAAGGCUACCACAGAUGAGUUACUAACAGCAGCGUCGUCGAAAAAUAAUACAGCCAACAGCAAAGUAGGUGGCGCAUCGGAUAAGUUGUCUAACCGGACUGGUGCGAUCGCAAGCGGGAGCAAUGUCAGCAACCAAACCAAACAGUGUAACAUCGAACAUGACCUCAAAAUCAAUGAACAACGCAUUUACAACAACACGAGUGACAGUGGCAACAAGAGCAGUCGCAACAAAAUGUUCAUCAGUGAACGGGAACCAUUAGGUGCCACCACCAUAAAAAUCGAUGAUGAUUGGAUACAUGACCAACAAAAUGCUUACGAUACAGACUCGUUGAUGGUGCCGCCAUCGCCACCGCUGCGCGUCUCCUCCAAGACUGCAAGUGCGCGCCAACAAUUUCUUUGCAAUAACAAUAACAACAACAGUAAACACAGUACCAGCCCUGGCGGCGAUAGCGAUAAGCACAGCGUGAAAAUUUUUGUGCGCAGCUCAACCAGCAACGCUGGUGUGGGCGGCAAUCCAUCACGCGCCUCCUCGAUCUCGAUGUGCUCCUACACCUCGCAGACCUCUGGCUGCUCGACGAAUUCGGAGGCUUCAGCUUUGACAAGCGGUGGGAAAUCAUCAACUUCUGGCAGCUCUUAUACAACUAUUUCUAGUAGCGCAUCGGUUGGCAAAUGCAAUUGUCGCUGCGCGGGUAGAAAUAUAACUGCCAUAUCUAAGGAGGACAACCUGCAGGAAGAAGAGGUGGAGGGUUUAGAGGACACAGAUGACUACUGCAGUUUAAGGCGCAUGACUAAGGCAGGCGUUUUCUACAACCACGUGGCGUGCGCUAGCAAAAGCAGUGUUGGCACACAAAGCGACACGCUACGCGCAUGCGCCGCUUCACCCACACCCUCUAUAGGCACUUUUAGUGAAGUCAGUUGUGUGGCGUGCGGCGAUGAGCGCGCACAGCAGGCAAGAAACAGCUUGGGUAGUGUAAGCAAUGGUCCCGUUGGUGGCGUUUUCUGGAACAACUCAUAUUUUCAGCUGGAGAAUAAUUCAAUGAAAUCGCUACAAAAGACGACAAGCGCUGCCACAGCGCCGUCAAGAGCGGAUCAAAGCACAUCGAACAGCGAUGACAAUGAACAUUGUUGCUGUAGCCUAACAAGUUGUGAAGAUGAUAAUUGUUCUUAUUAUGAGUGCGGUGGGCGCGACAAUGCGACUGAAGUACAAACCGACGAUGAUCACUGCGUCUCGCGCAUAGAAGUGCGCGCCAGCGUGCAUACGCCUAGUGGUGGCAGUGAAAGUAAUAAAAGUGACUGUAAAGUCAGCGCUGAGUGUAGUAGUGGUAGCAGGCGUGAGUGUUAUGAGAAUUGUGACUUUGGCGUACAGCGUUGUUGUAGUGAAAACAAAAGCUCCAAUGAAAAAUUUGAGCUCGACGCAGAACGUCAACGCGCGCGAGAAAGUGAGCGUUGUGCUGCACGCCAGCAACAACAACAAGAACAGCAGUGGCUGCGUCAAUGUAUGCGCGAACGCGAGCGGCAAAUGCAGUUCUUGCGGAACAGUAGCGCUGAGGAGAUUUUAAUACGUAAUAAAAAAUUAUUGAAAAAGGCUGAUCUUAUACACGACUUGCGACCGCGCUCUAUGGAUGGUGUCAUUGACUCAUCCUCUGGCUCAUUGAAUGGCGACACCACCAGCUCAAGUCCGGAUAGUGCAAAUCAUUUACAAAAUCAACAGGACGCCGAAGCGAGGCGCAUACACCGAGGUCAUGUACUCACCGAGCUAUUGGAGACCGAAAGGAUCUAUGUAAAUGAAAUGGCCUCUAUUUUAAAGGGCUAUCGUGAUCAAAUGCUAUCUGAAGAAAUGAUGCAUCUUGUACCCGCCAGCCUGCAGGGCAAAGAGGAUAUUUUGUUUGGCAAUUUACACGAAUUAUAUACAUUUCACAAUGAGAUCUUCCUGAAGGAUCUGGAAAACUGUAUAUCCACAACGGAAUUAGUGGCGUUAUGCUUUGUGCAAAGGCGCGACACCUUCUAUCGCCUCUACUCCUUCUACUGCCAAAAUAUACCACGAUCGGAUCGUUUGCGUGAAACGCUCGUCGACACCCAUCUCUUUCUGCAAGAAUGUCAGAAACGUUUGGGUCACAAGCUGCCAUUGGGCGCGUAUCUGCUGAAGCCAGUGCAGCGUAUUACCAAGUACAAAUUGUUGCUCGAAAAUCUGCUCGGCUCCAGUGAUAGUGGCAGCUGUACCAAAGAAUUACAAAAGGCUUUAGAUUGUAUGUUGAUCGUGUUGCGUUGUGUCAACGAUUCGAUGCAUCAAGUGGCUAUAACGGGAUUUCCAAGCAACCUAUCGCAACAAGGCGAGCUACUGCUGCAGGAUCCCUUCCAAGUGUGGACUGAGUCGAAGAAGGAUUUGAGGCUGCGUAAGAAACCGCAACAACGGCACAUAUUUCUCUACCAAAAGUCUAUGAUUUUCUGCAAGAAAACCUCCAAACCGGGUCACAAUAAAAGCACCUAUCAGUUUAAACAUCAACUUAAGAUGUCACAAAUUGGUCUCACCGAGUCGGUGCGUGGCGACUCAACUCGCUUCGAAGUCUGGCUGCAAGGCCGCCAGGAAGUGCACACAAUACAGGCGCCUACCGAUGAAGUGAAAAAUAAAUGGGUCACCGAAAUCAAACGCCUGCUACUCAACCAGCUGGAGGAGUUGAAGGGUGAGAAAAUCAAACAGUAUGGCAUGAAUCAUCACGGCCUACGACAGACCACCUCAUGGGAUACGCCCAAUAUUUUGCUCGGUAUGCCACAGCGCGCCGUCAGCUGCGACGCGUCCUCCGAGUCAUCGAAUCGUAAUUCUAACUGCAGCAGUAGCGGGGAUGACGCCUACCCACAUGGCAUGCCACCACCCCCCGCAACAUCGGGCAAUGGUCACGCGCAUGUUCAUGGCAAUGGUGGUGGUGCGGGCGCGGAUAAGGAGCAACAGGAGGCAUGUGGCUGGAGCUCAGAUUACUCGAAUAGCGAAGAUGAAAUGUCGAUAAUCGAGGACAAUAGCGCGCCGGGCAGUAAAUUUGUUGCCCUUGCCGAUUAUGCGGCCAUGGGACACUCGGAGGUGUCGAUGCGUGAAGGUGAUACGGUUGAAUUGUUGAAGGUGGGCUGUGCCGGCUGGUGGUUUGUGCGUGUUUUAGAAGCCAAUGCAGAAGGUUGGACACCAGCGGCAUAUUUGGAACCGCUCAAUCGAAAAUCUUCUCGAAGUUCGAGCCGCAAUCAGGAGCGAAUAAAUUUGUGCAAAUUCACGGAGUAAAAAUUAAAUUAAGCGAACAGUGAGGUGUAGCGUUGAAGUAAAGGCAUUUUUCGGAAAAUUUUUGAGAAAAUCUUAAAAUCAUAAAAACCCAACUUAUUACAUACAAACAGAAUUAUGAAUAUACAUAAAUAUAAGUACAUACAAACAUAUUUCAAUAUUUAAUUACAAAAGCAACCCCAAACAGGAAUUCGAUUGAUAUUAAAAAAAAGUAAACAGCUAACAAUUCAAAACAAUUUACAAAAAUAAAUCUUAAUAUAUGAAAAUUAAAAACCAAAACAAAACCAAAAAAAAAAAACAGAUUUUGAGACUAGCAAUUAUAUGCAAACAUAAGUAAAUAUUAAAAAA